GGCUGUCAUCGAAGUUGGUUAUUGUGUGUGAAACGUUUUAAUAAAAAUUUAUUACCACUUACUGAAGCAUAAAUUUUGAAAAAAAAUCUAUGAAAGUGGUUAAUUAGAUAACGUGUCGAUAAAUAACGUGUGUUAAUCGUGAAAACGAAUGCUACGAACAUUUGAAAAUACAAAGACGCGUAUCGUGAUAGUGCUAUUGUGGUGAGAAUAGUGAAUCUCGGAAAGAAGAGAAUCAGCAUCGGAUCUUUCUCAGGAUAAAAGUACCAAAGUCAGCGAAUAAAAAUGGGUUGCAUGUCACAGUGUGCCAAGUAUUUUCUAUGUUUAUUCAACUUUAUAUUCUUUAUCGCUGGUGGAGCAGCCUUGGCUGUGGGAAUAUGGUUGGUUGCUGACAAAAGUUCCUUUUCAAAUCUCGUUAGUAAGGUUGACCAUUUGGACGUUUUGAAUCACACGCACGAUGAUGUCACGAAAAUGAUCUCUUACAUCUUGAUUGCUGCUGGAGCUUUAACGUUCAUCGUUAGCUUUCUAGGAUACUGUGGUGCCAUGUUCGAGUCUAGAUGUUUACUCUGUGUCUAUGGAGUUCUUAUUCUUGUUGUGCUGAUCUUAGAAUGUAUAGCAGCUGGUUUGGCAUUUGGUCUUAGAGGAGAUGCUGAAAAGGGUACGAAAGAAUUCCUGAAGUACACAAUAAAAUACUAUGGAUCGAAUAGUCCAUAUGAAAACGCUGGAGCUGUGACGCUUGCGUGGGAUGGUAUCAUGAGACAGAUGCAUUGCUGUGGAGUUGAUGACUACAAUGAUUUCCGUAAUGCUUUGAAUUCAACAUCAUCAGGAUACUUAGUACCUGGAAGUUGCUGUAUAUACUCCAAUGGUGAUAUGCAGGAUCCAAACUGUCCUACAAGGCCAUCAGACACUAACUCUUAUUACAUGCAGGGAUGUUACAAGGCUAUUGUAAGCACUAUUCAAGAAAAUGCAGCUAUAGUGAUUGGGGUAGCAGUAGUUUUGGUAUUCAUUGAAAUUCUUGUCAUCAUCUUGGCAUUGUAUUUGGCGUGCUGUUAUUGGCGUCCUCAACAUGUUUAUCGAUGCGUAGAGCCACCCGGCAACGAGUAGAGACACACGGGAAUGCUAAAAGUGGGGCCCACCUCGCGAAUUCACUCGAGAAAAACGAAUGAAUUAUUUAUAAAAGAUAUCAUUCUUUUAUUUUUAUUAUAUUUUUCUUCUUUUGUGGGUUCACUUGCACUCUCGAGUGUAGAAAAACCCACAUAAAAAAAAAACAACAACAUACAUGAGAACGUUGUAAUAGCGUUCCUAAUUUGGCAAUAGCUUAGAGAUGAGUCACGAUUGUAAACGUCAAUUACGUUAAUUGUUACGUUCUAAAUGCUGUGAAUUGAGAUCCAAUGCAGACCGUAUCUUCUUCCGUUUUUUUCUCUCUUCUUUUAAUAUUUAUAAAUAAUUCUUUCAAGCUUCAUUUCUUUCAAUUUUUAUCCCAUGGUAAUAAGCUAUUGAUUUUUAGCGCAUGCUCGUGCAA